GAAGAAAAGAAAAUCACGUACGCAAAAGGGGAAGGGAUGAGCAAGUUACAAAGCAAUGAUGUACAGUGCUUCUCAAUGACAUAAUAAUUGGAUCGCGUGAGUAAAGUUGGCGCCCUGCACCAUAUGUACCAGUGCACGUCCCAGUGCUGACAGUUCUGGGGCUGCACCGCACCGUGCGUGGCAUUGACUCGCUUGGUCACUGUACAUCUCCAUGGCAUGUGUGCUAUACUUGUUCUCUCUUCAGAUGGCGGCACCCCAGAUUGUGGUAAAAUAUCCAAAACAACUCAAAGACGGUGAUCAUGUGUUUGUGCGCCGUUGUAAGCUUAAGUGGCAGAGGAAGAUUGUGGAUGGAACCCCCGUUGAACAAUACUUGUAUUCACAUCACGGAAUUUAUGAUGCAACUAAUCACAGGGUCAUCGAGUUUGGAGACCCAGAUGACGAAAAGCUGCCCGACAAGCAGCCCGUGCAAGAGGCGGGACCUUGUUUGAGGACAAUGUUUGCGAACGUUGUUGGUAAAGUUACGGAACUACACAAAUCUAAAAUCAUUUUCCGUGAUCCGAUCGCGUUCACGUUCGGGAAUGGGAAAAUACGGGUAUACUCCUACUUGGGGAAAACCCCAAAUCAGGAACUUCCAGCAGAGGACUCCAUUACUGGCGAUAGCAUUGAUGGAAUGUCACCGGACACGGAACAGAUUAUAAAGUCAGUUGAACUGCAGGGACAGAAUGCUCCACGUUCACAUGCUGCUGACAUCGCACGCUGGUUUUACGAAAAGCAAUCCAAAGAACCUGUUCACAGUUUCCUCAGAUACAACGUCUUCAAGAGCAACUGUGAGCAUUUUGCCACUCUUUGUAAGACUUUACGCCUAGAUCUGGACCAGCUGGAGGUGAUCUGCAGAGAAAAGUCCGUGAACGGAAAGACGGAAAUGAAAGAUUGGGCGAAUUACAGCCUGUGCCGCAGCUUACAAGCAGAGCGGUUCCUAAAUGGCGCAAGAGGUUGGCUUGAUCAGCAGGCAAGUGCUGAAGUCACAGUGAGCACAGACGUUGAGCAGGCAAGUGGCACAGCGAGCGCAGACGAUGGGCAGGCGGCUUUGAUAAGCUCGUUUGAAGAUGAAGAUUGUGAAAUCGAAGAGUAUGGAGAUGAAGACGAUUCUUGAAAUGAAUCACUCUCAUUCUUUCUUCUCUCUCUCCCCCCCCCCUCUCUCUCUCUCUCUCUCGCGCGCGCACUCUCUCAAUCAGAAUGUACAUGUAUAAUGAUGCCGAGUUUGCGCACAUGUGUGCUUCAGUAACUGUAAUAGUAUACUGAAUAGUUAAACAUUUUCUCCUUCUACAUUUAUGGAAAAAAGGAGAAAGACAAAAUGUUACGAGUUAUGACUAACUGUACACCAACGUAACCUUACGUUGGUGGACAAUUAGUCAUAACUUGUAACAUUUUGUCCUUCUCAUUUUUUUCCAUAAUUAUUUUGGCUCCCCAUCCGAGUCCUUCGACAUGUAUUCAUACAGUAGAUAAAUGUCAGGAGCACUAAUACACAGCAAGUGAAAUAUUAUUAUAGAAGUCUUCACAGUGAUGGCUAGCUUCAUGCUUUAAUGGCUAGUUUCUUUUGUUUGAGCAUUCUCAGUGCUUAUCUAUUUCAAAUAUCAAUGACUGAAAACCUUACCUUGUACAUUAUGCUAUAACAUGCGGAUACAUUCGUAAUAAUUCUUAGUAUAAUAAUUAUUAUUUCAAAAGGUGCAUAUGUUAGUGUCUAUGGCACUUGUCGCCAUGGCUAACAGUUCAAUUCCAUUUUAGCAAGAGUUCAUAAACUUUAUGAACUCUUGAUUUUAGUUUAUAAUAAUUUUAGUUGCCCGUCACGUUGUGGUGCGUCUUAUCUACUCACCUUCGGCCGCUCUAGUUUAGGAGCUGUAUCUGCGUCUUGAUCCUAGUGGUUGGCGGCGUUCUUACGGAUGCGGAAAAUUCGGCUGAAGGCCGAGUCUCACGCGAACCGUUAGUUUUGAUGCAGAAUCAUUGGCCGGAACUGUUAGCUGCUUGCUGCAUAGAGAAGUCUGAAUUGUACUUUUGAAGUAUGCAUAUUUCUAGAGCUAGUUUAGAUAUUUGCUGUCAACUUUCAUCGCUAAUUUGCACGAAGUGUCACACAGUGUCUGUUUUGGUUCUUGCCUUCCGCAAGUUCUAUUACUUUGGUGCAUCUUGCACUACUACUGGUGUCAUUGCUCUGGCUGUCACCACGUUCCUAUGGUUGAAACUUCAGUGGCACGUUGUUUUCAA